CUUAAAAAGCACCAUUACCCUUCAAGACUUGCCACAUAUAAGAGAAUAAACAUUUUGCAUAGCCAUUGGGGAGACCAACAAAUUGGAGAUGAAGAAACAGAACCCCUCUUGGCUAGGCAACAUGAACAAAAGUGUAGUGCUAAAGGCAAAAGUUCUUCCAAGAGCAGAAAUAAAAGAUCACAAACUGAAAACUCCAAAGGCUGGAUCAUUAGCUUCCAUGGUGAAUCCAAAAAUUCAGGUUCAUCACAUAAAUUUGUGCAAAGUAAAGCACAUGAUACCAAAGAAGGUGUCCUUGAUCAAAAUCUUAUGGAAGCAAAUAAGCUUAACAGAGAUACUCCUGUUAAUUCUAAGAGGUAUUCUGAUUCUUUGGAGGUACUUGGAGUGGAGAAGGAUUUGAUAUUAAAAUAUUUACAUGAUCUUCAUGUUGGUGGGGAAAAUCUUCAACUUCAAUUGGCUUUCAAUAACAAAGCAAGUUUGGAAAAAUCAGGUUCAGUUCAUCAGACAUCACAGAUGAGAAGCAUUAUUAGUCCUACCACCUUUGAACACAAGCAAAGCGAAAUUUGGCCUUUCGACAAGAAGAACAAGUUGCUUCAUAGUACUCAAGCAUUAAAGACCUUUGCAUCCAUUAAACAAAAACAAAGAUUUUCUUCCUCUUCAAGCAAUCCUCAAGGUUUGAAUCACAAAGGGUGGAACCAAUUAGUUCUUCAUCGUUUCAAGGUUAUUAAACAGAAGAUUAAACAUGCUCUUAUGGAAUUCAAGAAAAGUGGCUACCAAACUUCUGUUGAAGCUAUCCACCACCAUAGAGCUUCAUCGAAUAUGGCAUCACCAAUACUGAGAAUGGAAUCUCAGAUCAGAAUAAAUAUUUUUGUUUUGAUUCCAGCAGACACAAAUUUUGCGGCUGCAAGCAAAUAGAAUCCUCUCUUAAUGAGUCUCUUGAUAGAUACACUCAGUUGUUUGAGCAAAGCUUUGGCAAAGAUAUCAAGUGUCAUGGAUCAAUGUCUAAAAGCUUAAAAUUGCCAAAUGAGGAUAAGGAUAAUAGCAUGAGUUUGUGUCAGUGUCCUCCUAAGGCUUCUAGAAGGAAUUUGUCCCUGCCUAAUCUUGAUUCUUUCAACUUCUUGAUUCUACAUGAGGCACUUUCUGUUAAAAAUGAUAUCCAUGUUCAGAGAAAACUCCUUUAAACAAGGACAUUUCACUUGAUCACAUUACAGAAACUGAAAUGGAGGAAGCAAUGGAUAUCAGUGGCAACGAUGCGAAUGCUGCUCCUUUAUCUGAUAAAACGA